CAAUAUCAAGCAACUUGCUGGCUUCCUGGCAGAUUUAUUCAGCGAUAUUCUCUGUACACAAGGGCUUUGAGACAUUCUGUGACAUAUCUCUGACAAAUGGUGUAAACUUUCGUGACUAAUUUUUGCAUGUUGUGAAAUUUGUCGGCGACUAUUACAGUAUUGAAUCAAUUAGUAUUUGUGCUCUGUGGAAUUGCUAAUUGGAAAAAUUCAGAUGUCAGCCAGUAAAAGGGAAUCUCUGCAGAGUAUUAAGGAUGAAGACUUCGUGAUGUUGCAUUAAUGUUUAAUCUUUACUCCAGUCAGGAGUGGGGUGGAAGACAGUAGUAAAAGAAUUCCUUUUAGUGGAGUUUAGUUAUACAUGGAAAAGCACAGAGUGUAAUAAUUAACUUAAUUUUGUACUUGGAUUUAUAUAAGAAACUUUGUGACUUUAUUCUCAUAAAUGAGAGAAAAUAUUAGGUCUGCAUUAAUAUUAUAGAUAUAUUGCAGUAAAGCACCAAACUGCCAUGGAAACAGAUCAGUACAGCAACAGCAGUGACCUUGACCCCAGCCAAGAUGCGCUGAUGGCAACUGGUGACCUUAAGCUUUACUCUAUAGUUCUGUCAACCACUGUGCUAGUGUUAGCCAUUCUGUUUGGAGGGGGAGGCUGCUUGACAGUGCUCAUUGCCAUGGUUGCCCAUCACCUGCACAGAAAGUUACGUUACAUUCUGAUUGGAGUUCUUCUGCUGACAUGCUCCGUGCUCGACCUGAUCUGGUGUCCACUGGAGAUUACCAGGCUCCUUCUUUACCAGCACAGUGUUGUUACUGGUAACAUCAUUUCCGCUGAUGUUGCUCGUGACUUACAGUAUAUUAGUAGUGCUAUGUAUGUUCUUCUGUUGUGCACCUUAGCAAGUAUGAUUGCUCUUAUUUGUAUACAAAAUCUGUUAAAAGUUGUUAGGAAAUAUGAUGACAUUCCAAAAAUAAAGCUUGGGGUUGUAUUUCUAAUGAUAUGGCUGAUAAUCAGCAUAGCAUUGACAAUAACAUAUGUUUUCCUUACCAUGGGUGAAAGAAUUGAACAAGUUUAUCAGAAAAAUGCAUUCCGUUUCAAGAUUGGUGUUCAAAUUCUCUGGAUUAUUUUAGUAUUGAUCCUUAUCUCCAUUAUCUUAGCAUUGCAUUACUAUACAAAAUUCUGGAAGAACAAUAUGGUGUCUGAGACAUCAGACCUUCACUCUACAGAAAAUUUCACUGUGCCAUCUUUGAUCAUAAAAAGUGUAGAGGAAAUUGAUGAUGAAGAUAUUGAUGAGAGUUCAGUUGCACUUCCAUCACCUGACAUUGUAAAAGACUCGUCUGGGACUGGAAAUGAUUCACCUACAUCAAGAACUUCAAAGAGUUCAAGGUGUUCAAAGAGUGCACUGAAAAAGAGAAGUGGGUCACCCUCCUCACAAAAGGUUCUGUUUGCGGACAACCCCAGUCCUACGCGAGAAUCACCAAGUCCAAAGUUUGGGGAAAAGUAUAAAUCCAACCAUUUAGAGGUAAAUAUGGCUGCCAUACUUGGUCGCAGGCGUCACACCAUAGCCCAGAUUUCGGAUCCACAGCUGGAUAUCAUGAACAGGGCAAAGAAUUAUAACUAUGUUAGAAAGUUCUCUGUAGAUAUCUCAGCUUUGCAAGCACAGCUGGAAAAUCCAAAAAUCCAUAAUAAUUAUCCAUUUCAUUCACAGCAGGAUAUCAAGAAUUCUGUCAAAGCUACUUCAGAGAAAAAGAUGAAUUUUGGCUCCCAACAAAAAUGCAACAGACGAAGCAGAGAUGAAAUUCUGACAAGUCAGGAAAUAAGGGAAGAGCCUGAAAAUGAAUCGGACAAUGAUAAUGAAGACAACAAGGCCAUUAUGCAGUCUGACAACAAUGAUAACCAGUCAGUGCACUCCCAGUGUGUGAGUGCCCACUCCAUACACUCACCCCGCGACUCCAUCUGCCCGACCCCGCCACUGAUAAGCCUCACCCAGAGUGAUGGGGAGGAGAAGCAGCUGGAAGUUAUGAGCGAGGACCAGAACAUGGAUGAUUCCUACCCCUCCAGCCAGUAUGUUGAGCAAUCACACAAGCCAUGCAAGCUCUCUUGUUUACUUGUCAUCACGUUCCUUCUUAGCAUUUUGCCCAUGUUUAUCACUGAAGUUCUCUGGGAUAUGUUUCUCUCAGAUACAACAUACAUUAACACUGUCAUAUGCAUGACAGCAAUUUCCAUGGCACAGACCAUGAUUUUUCCACAAAUCAUUUUCUGUGUAGACUCUAACAUUAACAAGGCAGUUAACCUUUCAUUUGUAAAAGCUAGAGUCUCCAUCCUGGGAUGUUUGCACAGAAAAGAACCUGUUCCCACCAAUGACGACAUAUCGGACACUGAAGUUUGACUAUAUUUUGGACCAGCAGUGAGAGUGCAUGUAAAGCCAUUGCAGCAUCACAUGGAAAGUAUUCCUAUGGAAGAAAUGACUGGGACAUUUUAGUGAAGGACAUUUCAAAAGUUCAUAUACAAUUUGUCUAAUGGUUAUGGCCAAUUUAGAGAAGAAAAACUGUAUAUUUUUUUAACUGGGAAUGUAGGCAAUACAUUUUAACAGUAUUGCAAACAUGCUUAAGUAAUCCUACAAUUAUGUAUUGUCAAACUGGUUAGGGAGAUAUUAUUGCAAUUUAUAUGUAUUUUCAGACUGAUUUGUAUUGUUGAUUAUCUUUUUUAAUUAUGUCUGUCAACCAAAAACCUAUGUAAAUGUAUUCUGUGAUUAAAUCAUGUUGUAAGGUGGUG